AUGACAGAUUCCAACGGCACAGCUUCUGCCACGCAGAAUGGCAAACGCCGUGCCGAAGAAGACCCAUCUCAAGAUGACCUUCCGCAACCCUACAACGCGCAGCAGCUUCAACCCGCCAAACGCCGCGCCCUAUCCCCCUCCGAGCAGCCUCGCAAGCAGAAGCGACCUGGCGCACGCGCUCGCAUCUCCGAAUCGCAGCGCGAGGCGUAUCGGCAACGUCAAGCCCAGCGUGAGCGCGAGACCGAAGAACUAGCGCGAGCACAACGCGAACAAGACGCUCGCCGAGGCGGAUUGCACGACGUCGUCAGAGAACACUACAACAAUGUCCCGCAGCGUGGACGAGAGUGGCGGACAACAGACAGUAAAAUCAAGGGACUGCGUGUCUUCAACAAUUGGAUCAAGAGUUGCAUUAUCCAGCGAUAUUCGCCUGACGAAGACCACACCCCCGGGUCGCGCGAGCAGGGGCGCUCUUCCGGCAGAGAGCUCUGUGUCUUGGACAUUGGUUGUGGCAAAGGUGGCGAUCUCAACAAGUGGCAGGCUGCGCCUCAGCCAAUUCAGCUUUACGUCGGCCUUGAUCCAGCAGACGUCUCUAUCGCACAGGCCAGGGAACGCUAUAACCAGCUCAGAUCGCGCGGCGGCCGCGGCGGGCGUCGGGGCCGCCUUUUCGAUGGGCGAUUCCAUGUGAAAGAUUGCUAUGGUGAAUCGAUCGAGGAUCUACAAAUCAUCCAGCACAUGGGCUUCGACCCGUCACCAAUGAACCACCGCGGCUUCGAUGUGGUGACCAUGAUGUUUUCUAUGCACUACGCAUUUGAAUCUGAGGAGCGCGCGCGGACUAUGCUACGCAAUGUUGCCGGAGCACUGAAGAAAGGCGGGCGUUUCAUUGGUUGUAUUCCCAAUUCUGAUGUUCUUGGCCAGCAUGUCCGAGAGUUCAACAAGAAACAAGCAGCCAAACGGGCGGGUGCGAGCGGCGAGGAGAAGAAAGACGCCGAAAAGAGCAACGGGGAUGAUGAUCAGCCGUUGAUUGCCGAGUCACCUCCCCCGUCAGAUGAUGGCCAGCCCCUUAUUGCGGAAUCGCCCCCUGGCUCUCCCCUCGCACAGCCUCUUAUUGUUGCGACCCCGGAGCCAGAGGAACCAUCCGUCGAGAUCAACAACCACGCGCAAGGCGACAAGACACCAGAGCCCACGGAGCCCGAAGCCGAAGUAGGUACAGGAGCGUCCGAGCCAUCGGCAUCCCAGGAGGAUGACAAAGCCGAUGACAAGGAGGAAGGUGAAGUGGCUGUUGAACCGAGCGCGGAAUGGGGCAACUCCAUCUAUCGAGUCCGCUUCCCCGGCAAGACGCCAGAGGACGGCAUUUUCCGCCCGCCUUUUGGCUGGAAGUACAGCUUCUUCCUCGACGAGGCCGUCGAAGAGGUGCCCGAAUACGUUGUGCCGUGGGAGGCUUUCCGUGCCCUGGCUGAUGACUUCAACCUCGAGCUGCAGUUUCAUCGUACAUUUAGAGAGAUUUACGAGGCAGAGAAGGAUGACCGGGAAAUGGGCCCUUUGAGCGAGAGGAUGGGCGUCCGUGAGAGAGGCGGCGGCAGAUUGUUGGUGUCGGACGAGGAGAUGGAGGCGGCGAGCUUCUAUAUCGGCUUCUGCUUCUACAAGGUCUAG